AUGUCUUUAAAGUCGGCGAAAACGAGUCGAAUAAAUGGAAAGCAUAUCAAACAUAGUGCGAACAGCACUAUUCCGCUGAACAUAGACAAGGAAACAACUUUCUUGGUCAAAACAAAGACACCUUAUGUAUCAGCAGUCAAGCAGAUCCAGCGCAUUCUCGAUAAGUUCAACAAAAAGGUGAAUAAAAAGCGUAAAUUUCAAGGUGGAGAGUACAAGAAAUUGAACUAUAUAACUGUGAAAGGUAUGGGGAAAGCUAUCGAGAAGACAUUAUCGCUCGGAACUCACUUCCAGAGCAAUUAUCCAGUGGAAGUGCUAACGGGAAGCGUUGAAGUUUUGGACGAAUUCCGGGUGAAUGAAGCAUCUGACAGCGAAGAUGAAGAUGAAGAAAAGACUUUGUAUCAGAAACGAAUGGUUAGUUAUGUUGAAUUGAGAAUAAGAAUCAGAAGAGAUUAA